UCUUGUUUCUUGUGUCUACACUUUGAGGCCUCUCCAAAUAGUUCUUUUGAAAUUGAGUUGUGGAGCAGGUAGGAUUGAGAUAAGUAGGUUUGUAAAAGGAAGGGUAUAGGGAAUUGCUCACUGUGUUCCUUCUAUUAUACUCUUUCCUAGUUAAGGGGUAUUAAGUAAACCCAUAACUCCACCCCUUACGCAAAAUGGGGAGUUGUAAGCCCUAAAGCCCCAUUGAGAGGAAUCUUUCACAGCAGUCCAGUUCUUCUUACAGGUGGUCGAGUAAAACACAGGUAUUGUUGUGCAUGGCAUGUAUACCCAUCAGGGGUUAUCCUUCUUUCAGUUACAACAUGGGCUGAAGAUGAAGUCUUGUUUUAUUUUAUGUACAUUCCUUGCUUCCCCUGUAGGAUACAAGAUGCAUGCACUCCACCAAACCAAAUAAGAGAGUUCCGUUUUCUUCUAAGAACGUGUGCUGUCUUUGCCAAUCUGAAGGCUGAUCUCCGAAAUGCAAUCAGAUUCAGUGCUGGAGUAUGUGAGGUUGGUUGGCUGAACUCACCCCCUCCUCAGUCAACUAGUUCAGUUAUUGACGUGAAAGUGAGAAUGAGCUUGAUGAUUGAUGGGCAAGCCGUGUCUCAUGAGUGUCCAGUGGAAUAUCCCUAUCCAUACAAAGAUGGGAAACGCUGUUUUGAGACGAAUCUUGAAGAAAAGUUUAAGGCUGUAACUGUUGGCACCAAAGGGUUUCUCACAAAGAAAAGUACAUCUUGAAGUGGAGGUAGUGUAAUGUGCUCAUUCCAAGAAUCAGAUAUAUGUGAACGGAGCAGCAAACUUAUUCACAAUCCUUUCCAGGAAUU